CUCCUCCUCUUCUCGCCAUUGCAGUUGGACCCAGCAGCCCGGCGCGCACCGCGUGGCUUUUGGGGGGAGACCCCGGCGGGCUGUGGCACGAGGGCGGCGGCGGCGGCUGCGGUCGAAGAAGGGGACGCCGACAAGAAGCCUUUUGGGACCCUUUGUCACAUGUCUUUCUUCUUUCCAUCUCUUCACUACUGUCAGAGAGUUGAAGUAUUGAUAACACCAAGGAAAUCUAUCACAAUUUGAAAAGAUAAACAAAAGUUUGAUUUCCAGACACUACAGAAGUAAAAAUGCGUCCAAUGCGAAUUUUUGUGAAUGAUGACCGCCAUGUGAUGGCAAAGCAUUCUUCCGUUUAUCCAACACAAGAGGAGCUGGAGGCAGUCCAGAACAUGGUGUCCCACACGGAGCGGGCACUCAAAGCUGUGUCGGACUGGAUAGACGAGCAGGAAAAGGGUAGCGGCGAGCAGGCAGAGUCUGAUAACAUGGAUGUGCCCCCAGAGGAUGACAGUAAAGAAGGGGCCGGGGAACAGAAGACGGAGCACAUGACCAGAACCCUGCGGGGAGUGAUGCGGGUGGGCCUGGUGGCAAAGGGCCUUCUACUCAAGGGAGACUUGGAUCUGGAGCUGGUGCUGCUGUGUAAGGAGAAGCCCACAACCGCCCUCCUGGACAAGGUGGCUGACAACCUGGCCAUCCAGCUUGCUGCUGUAACAGAAGACAAGUACGAAAUACUGCAAUCUGUCGACGAUGCUGCGAUUGUGAUAAAAAACACAAAAGAGCCUCCAUUAUCCCUGACCAUCCACCUGACAUCCCCUGUUGUCAGAGAAGAAAUGGAGAAAGUAUUAGCUGGAGAAACGCUAUCAGUCAACGACCCCCCGGACGUUCUGGACAGGCAGAAAUGCCUUGCUGCCUUGGCGUCCCUCCGACACGCCAAGUGGUUCCAGGCCAGAGCCAACGGGCUGAAGUCCUGUGUCAUUGUGAUCCGGGUCUUGAGGGACCUGUGCACUCGCGUGCCCACCUGGGGUCCCCUCCGAGGCUGGCCUCUUGAGCUCCUGUGUGAGAAAUCCAUCGGCACGGCCAACAGACCGAUGGGUGCUGGCGAGGCCCUGCGGAGAGUGCUGGAGUGCCUGGCGUCGGGCAUCGUGAUGCCAGAUGGUUCUGGCAUUUAUGACCCUUGUGAAAAAGAAGCCACUGAUGCUAUUGGGCAUCUAGACAGACAGCAACGGGAAGAUAUCACACAGAGUGCGCAGCACGCACUGCGGCUCGCUGCCUUCGGCCAGCUCCAUAAAGUCCUGGGCAUGGACCCUCUGCCUUCCAAGAUGCCCAAGAAACCAAAGAAUGAAAACCCAGUGGACUACACCGUUCAGAUCCCACCAAGCACCACCUAUGCCAUUACGCCCAUGAAACGCCCAAUGGAGGAGGACGGGGAGGAGAAGUCGCCCAGCAAAAAGAAGAAGAAGAUUCAGAAGAAAGAGGAGAAGGCAGAGCCCCCCCAAGCUAUGAAUGCCCUGAUGCGGUUGAACCAGCUGAAGCCAGGGCUGCAGUACAAGCUGGUGUCCCAGACUGGGCCCGUCCAUGCCCCCAUCUUUACCAUGUCUGUGGAGGUUGAUGGCAAUUCAUUCGAGGCCUCUGGGCCCUCCAAAAAGACGGCCAAGCUGCAUGUGGCCGUUAAGGUGUUACAGGACAUGGGCUUGCCGACGGGUGCUGAAGGCAGGGACUCGAGCAAGGGGGAGGACUCGGCUGAGGAGACCGAGGCGAAGCCAGCAGUGGUGGCCCCCGCCCCAGUGGUAGAAGCUGUCUCCACCCCUAGUGCGGCCUUUCCCUCAGAUGCCACUGCCGAGAACGUAAAACAGCAGGGGCCGAUCCUGACAAAGCACGGCAAGAACCCAGUGAUGGAGCUGAACGAGAAGAGGCGUGGGCUCAAGUACGAGCUCAUCUCCGAGACUGGGGGCAGCCACGACAAGCGCUUCGUCAUGGAGGUCGAAGUGGAUGGACAGAAGUUCCAAGGUGCUGGUUCCAACAAAAAGGUGGCGAAGGCCUACGCUGCUCUUGCUGCCCUAGAAAAGCUUUUCCCUGACACCCCUCUCGCCCUUGAUGCCAACAAAAAGAAGAGAGCCCCAGUACCCGUCAGAGGGGGACCGAAAUUUGCUGCUAAGCCACAUAACCCUGGCUUCGGCAUGGGAGGCCCCAUGCACAACGAAGUGCCCCCACCCCCCAACCUUCGAGGGCGGGGAAGAGGCGGGAACAUCCGGGGACGAGGGCGCGGGCGAGGAUUUGGUGGCGCCAACCAUGGAGGCUACAUGAAUGCUGCCGGCGCUGGAUAUGGAAGCUAUGGGUACGGAGGCAACUCGGCAACAGCAGGCUACAGUGACUUUUUCACAGACUGCUACGGCUAUCAUGAUUUUGGGUCUUCCUAGAGCGUCUAAAAGUAUUGCACACAAAAUCAACUUUUUACUCCAAUUUCCUCCAACUCCAAAACCCAAAGUGUCCGUGCUGUGUCCCUGUGCUUCACUGGGUUUCUCAACCGUGGCUUUUCACCGCAGCUUGUCUGAAACUCUUAGCCUGCAGAAUUUAAGACAAUGGCAGUUUUUAUCGUGAUUUGCCUUUGAACUUGGUCCUAUUGAAGUUCACAAUAAGUGGAAAACAAUUUUUUCAGAGAAUGUAUUUUUGUGCAGAAUUGCACAGAAUUCUAGAGACAGCGUUGUUCGGCAUCAAGGCAAAAGCCCACCUUUGCUUUUUAUGGAAAGCAUUACUUUAUUUAAAGAGACAGACAAUGACGCAUUUUAAUCUACCUUUGUCUUAAUUUACAGCAGGUUUUGUAUGAAUUUUUAACCUUUUAACAAACUCCCAAAUCUGGUUGAUGCCUUUGACAGUGAUGAAAACGAUUUCACCACAUCUGAAUCCAGAGAAACCGGCUUUUUUUCUUAUUACGAGCAUGUUAAAACGUUGGAAACAUGUGGGGAAUUGUAUAUUGCGCUGAAUUAACUUCUCCCGCCUCUUGUAAUGCUCUGGUGGGUUCUUGUUUGGGAAUGCAAUAUUUUGUGGCUGGUUUAGCUAGAGAGUGAACUCUCAAAGGUAUCAAAACUGUGCUUCCAUUAUUAGUGCAAGAAACAGACAGGCUUUAAGGGGUAGAUGACGUGAAAUUUUGCAAGUCUUAAUUACAGCUGCAGAUGCAUGGGAUUCUGGGUUUUUUUGUUGCUUUUUAGUUUAAUGGGACUUUGAAAGUAAUUGAGGAGAAAGAACCGUGAUGUUCCCUGCUUCUCCAGUAAAGGACUGGCUUUUGCUUGGGCAGAGGUGGUGCUGCUGGCUGUGCAGCUGCCACAGACUCCAAAGGCAUAGAAGUUUCUGUCUGUGCAAACACACGGAGUCAUUAUGGCUCUUUACUGAGGCCCCUGUUUUCUGGCAGGUGCCUUCCUUGGAAACUGGUUUUGGCUCCGAUCAGCGGUUCUUUUUGCAGCAGAGCCUGCAUCUGUGUUGACUUGCAAGAUUUUGUGUUAUUCAGGCAAAAACUGGUCAAAAUGGUUACUACAUGAUUUGUUCCCAGAGGUUUGAAACAUUCAGUGAAACUUUUUAAAACUUUGAUUGCAUGAUGUAUUUUUUUUUUUUUUAGAAAGUUAUUGUUUGAGAAUAAUGUCUUUUUAUACCAGGAAAAUAGUUAUCCUGAAUGACGUUGAAAACUCCUCCUACCCUUUAUUUUUUUUUAAUCAAUACAUGUGAAAGUAACAA